CCCUGGGGCUCAGUAUUUCCACUGCUGCCUCUCCUUCUGCAAUCCCUGUUGUCAUCUCCCGGCUGGGGGAGCACAGGUGUUGCCUCUCUCUUCCUUUCCUGGGGUGAUUGCUGCUGCUGCCACCUCUGAGCCAAUCAGUCUCCUGCUUGUGCUGUCUCUUGAAGGACUCCAGUACGAUGUGCACAUCCCUGGGCAAAUCGCCCAGCCCUGACCUGGCAUCAUCUCACAGCUCGGCCAUGAAGGAGCAGCAGCUUACGGUGGCCCUUCGCAUCCGUCCCAUCAGCGCAGCGGAAGAGGAGGAAGGAGCUGCCCUGGUUGCCCACAAAGUGGGUGAGCAGGGGGUGGUCCUGAUGGAUCCAAGUGAAGAUGCAGAUGAGAUCUUGCGAGCUAACAGAUCCCGAGAAAAAACGUUUGUAUUUGACAUGGUAUUUGAUCACAGAGCAACCCAGGAGGAAGUCUAUGUGUCCACAACCAAAAGCCUAAUAGAGGGGGUCAUUUCUGGCUACAAUGCAACCAUUUUUGCAUACGGUCCAACAGGAGCAGGAAAGACCUACACGAUGCUAGGGGUGGACUCCGAACCGGGGAUUUACAUUCGCACUCUUGAUGACCUCUUUAAGGCCCUUGAAGCUACCACUGAGGAGAUGGAUUACACAGUGUCCAUGUCCUACCUGGAGAUCUAUAAUGAAGUGAUCCGUGACCUCCUGAACCCGUCGUCAGGAUUCUUAGACCUGAGAGAGGAUUCCAGAGGCAACAUCCAGAUAGCAGGAAUCACAGAAGUCUCUACUACAAAUGCUCAGGAGAUCGUGCAGCUGUUAACAAAAGGAAACAAGCAGCGCACCCAGGAACCUACUGCUGCCAACAAGACGUCCUCCCGCUCGCACGCAGUGCUCCAGGUGACAGUGACGCAGAAAAGCCGGAGGAAGGCAACCGGAGAUGAAAUGAGAAUUGGAAAGCUUUUCAUGGUUGACUUGGCAGGGUCAGAGAGAGCAGCUCAGAGUCAGAACCGGGGCAAGAGGAUGAAGGAAGGAGCCCACAUCAACCGCUCGCUGCUGGCUUUGGGCAACUGCAUCAACGCUUUGAGUGAGAAGGGGGGGAGCCGGGCCCAGUUUGUCAAUUUUCGAGACAGCAAGCUCACCCGCCUGCUGAAGGACUCAUUAGGUGGCAACAGCAGAACUGUUAUGAUUGCACAUAUCAGCCCAGCCAGUACCUCCUUUGAAGAAUCUCGAAUGACCUUGAUCUACGCCUAUCGAGCAAAAAACAUCAAGACGCAGGUAAAAUGUAACCUGCGGAACGACUCGUACCACAUGGACCAAUACACCAGCAUCAUCGCAGACCUCCGCAGGGAGAUUGAGCAUCUGAAGGAGAAGGUCAAAAAUCAGGAGAAGGAGAAAAAUACGCUCAGCACCAAUCUUGGGGAUCUGCAAGAAAUGUCUUCUCCUGCAGCAGGGAGGCACCAAGGCUCUGAGGCAUACAGCGGCCAAGUAAUGAACGUGUUGCGAGCACAGCUGAUGGGGGCUUUCAGGGAGCAAAUGGAGAUGCGUCGCAGCCUGAUGGAGUUGGAAAACACCAACAUUGAGCUGCACAUUGAUACCUGCAGGCACCUGCUAACAAUUACAGACUGGGAACGAGAGAAGGCUCAGGGUGCAUGCAAGUACGACAAGCCAGAAAAGGAGGAGAAAGAUGAAGACAAGGAAGCAGAUAUCACAGAUUCACCUGAACCUCCUGAAGUUACAGUAGCAAGAGAAGAGAUCAACCUGCUGCUGGCAGAACAGCGCAAGAUGGUGGCGCUGAAGACAGAACUGGAGCAGCACUUAGCAAGUGCCAAAGAAAAAGCUUCCCAGAUGGAGGAGUUUUUUCCCAGACAAAUCACCAGUGAGGAUCAGCAGGAGGUGCUAAGGCUCCUCUGCAGAGCCCAUGAGCUUGAGCUCGGCAACACAGAAUUGCAGGCAAAUACACUGUACAAGGAGAAUCUAUUGUGCCAGAAGGAUUUUGUGAUCCAGCAAUUGCAGCAGCACAUGCUACUCUGUGAAGAAAUUAUUCAGCAGCAGCAGAUGCUGAUAAAAGCCCAGAAUAUUCCUGUCCCAGAGACCCUGGUGAGGUUACACCACUUGCACCUGUCUGAGUUGGAGGAGGGGACCCUGAACCGCCUGCUUGUGCUGCAUUCAGUGAUGUCCAGCACGCUCAGGCAGAAACCAACAGGUGUUGUAGCAGGACAGAUGACUCCUGGGCUGCAUUCCCCCUCUUCCCUAGACUUGCAUGGGAAAAAGUCAGCUGUGGACAUUGCUGCUGUUCCACUGACUCUGGAGACCUUGAAGGAAAUUGCUGCCAACACCAAAAGCAUCUCCCUCAUUGCAGCCAGUCGCCGUUUCAGAGCCCAGUGCAGAGACCCUGGGAGUGAAGUCUCCUCAACCCCCUUCUCUGAGAAUUCCACCCCAGAUCAUCAUACGAGAGGCAGUACAAGUACUGGGGGUUUGUUGUCAGAGCCUGCAGCUGGGACCCAGCUGUGCUCCCCGGCCAGGCGAGGGCUGAAGAACACGAGAGACCAGGAGAUUCCUGCUGAGAGGACAGCCAGAAAGAAAAGAUCUCGCUCUCUUGAACCGUACUUCCACAGGCUCUCCAAAGCUAAGCACUGGACUCCUUCAAGCCCCAAUACGGACAAAGCUUGUGAGAACCGACUGCUCCAACCUAGGCCCUUCCAUCUGCCAAAAGCUGAGAGCAGAAUAUCCAUUGCUACAAAGGUUGAGGUUCCUAUUGUCCAUCAUUCAGAGGGGACUGCACUGGAGGCGCUGCCAAAAGACGAUUCUCCUGCAAGCACCAUCCAGCAGAGCAGCACUGAUUGUGCCAAAGGACGGGUCCGACAGAAGCAAGGCAAGGGGCCUGCAGAUGGUGCCAGCAGUCGGCAAAAGCAGCAGCCAGCGUGCUUGGGGAACCGCUGAGGACUAAAUAGAAGUCACUGGGGGAGGAGGACUCUCUAUGGCCCCAAAGCAUUGCAAUUUUGAGACUGUUGGAAGUUGGGGAAGCAGGAUGCAGGGGAAAUGUGCCUUAAAAUGUAUUUUAGCUACUGUCUUGCGAUGCCGAAAAGCAGAGGGAAGGCUAGGAGGGGGAGAAGGACUUUAUCCAUUGUAUAUUGCUUUUUCCAUAUGCCUACUGCAAGCUUUUCAUCUGUGUACUGUAGCUGUUAGCUUCAGUUUAAGACAAAAGAGGUGUUAAGAGUCCAAGAGAAGAGGAAAACCUUAUUUUCCCAGUAAUCUUCUACUCCCUGAAGAUGUCAGCAUGACAUCUGAGCCGCCUUUUUUUCCUGGGGUGCAAGUAUGGAUGUCACCCAUGCAUCCAAAAGGCUCGCUGACUAUUAAAACCAAAUGUAAAUGCCUGAGAAAUAGUUUCCCCUCUCCUCCCUGCUGUCCUGAGAAGCUGGGAGGUGUAACGCAUGCCUGGAAUGCUGUUUGGGUGAGCAGAUGUUUGGCUGUGAGAACAGCUAGUGGUUGCUCUAAGCUCUUUUCUGUCUACAGUGCGUUUCAGAUCCGACUGCAGUCAGAAGCACUGUGGUGAUAGGUGAAGACCCUGAUAAAAGCUAUCCUGGAGGCAAACUGCAGGGAUGUAUGCUGCUUUUUGGAAUGAAUGCCUCCAGCCAGCAGCCUUUCCAUAACACGCUUCCCUGCUUUUUAAAUCAUAGAAUCAUAGAAUGGUUUGUGUUGGAAGGGACCUUAAAGCCCAUCCAGUUCCAACCCCCUGCCAUGGACAGGGACACCUCCCACUGGAUCAGGCUGCCCAAAGCCCAUCCAACGUGGUCUUGAACCCCUCCAGGGAUGGGGCAGCCACAGCUUCUCUGGGCAGACUGUGCCAGUGCCUCACCACUCUCAUGGUGAAGAAAUUCCUCCUAAUGUCCAGUCUAAAUCUGCCCCUCUCCAGUUUAUACCCAUUGCCCCUCAUCCUAUCACCACAACGCUUUAUGGACAGCCCCUCUCCAGCUUUCUUACAGCCCCUUCGGGUACUGGAAGGUUGCUAUAAAAUCUCCUUGGAGCCUUCUCUUCUCCAAGCUGAACAACCCCAACUCUCUCAGCCUGUCAAUAUGCUGCAAAUAAAUUGGUCCUGGUCAUCCCGCUGAAUAAGUAGCGGCUCCAUGCCCCAGGCAGGAGUGGCCGAGCUCACCCAGAGUAUCCAAGAUGACAACCUCAAGCAGGUUUGUGGGUUCUUCAAAUGGAUGAAGAACAUUUUUUACAGCUGCAGCACAUGCAAAGGCUUUUCCUACGUGCUCUUUCUGACCUGUGUUGACACCACACACGCUCCCUCUUCCUUUAUGCCUCUUGUCUUCCUGAC